AAAAAAAAAAAAAUUGGGUUGUGAAAAAAAAAACGCUAUAUUUGAACAUCAAGAUUUUUUUUAUUAGCGUGUUCUUCGUUUUCACAAAGGCCACUUUUGCAGGAUGGGAAUGGCAUCUAAAAGGAAAAAAAACAAUGAGUAGUGAAGGUCCAGUUAAGAUUGUAGGAAUUAACCAUGGAGUAUGUCUGCAUCAUUUCUUGUUGAUGGAUGGAUGGAAGGAAAAAAGAACAAUUCACUGAUGUUAACAUUUUUUUGCCAGUCUCCAGAUGACAAUAAUGAACAACACAGCUUACAAAACAAGCUCCGUGCUAACAGACGUAUGAUUGGAUGAGGUGUUCUUGCUGCUGCCAGCCGGUUCUUUUCCAUCCUGUUACCUGAUUGUGAGUUAGACCUAGAUGUCUGCAUCUCAAUUGAUCUGAGCUUUGAAGAACUGUUUUGUGUUCUUGAGUACAUCUAUUCUGGGAAGCUGCUGUGUUCAGUCAAAAGCAAAGACAGAAUUUUAAGUAUUCUAAAAGAAUUUGAUAUUUUCGUGCCUGAUGAUCUACAGAAUUCAGUAGACUGUGGAAGAAAUGGAAGUAGUGAGGCAGAAGGGGAAAUAAUAUUUGAAGAAGCCAUUGCAAGUGAACCAAAAACUACUAAAGAUCCCACAAACAUUUCAGAGGAUAAAUCUCCCUUUGCAACUUCUGCCGAUGUUCGUGUAGUAAAUAGUGGAGAACUAAUUUUACGAGAACCCAAUAUUUCAAGCUCCAAUGAAGAUCCCUUCCAGUAUGAAGAAAAGCUUCCAGAAAAAUUCUCAAACAGUCAUAAGAUGUAUAGCAACAAAAGUAAAACUCAUUGUGGAUCAAAAAUGGCUAUUCUGAAUUCAAGCACCAAUGUUACUGAAACCAUUGUUGAACCGGAAAUCUCCAGACAUAAAGAUCCGGUCUUCACCGUAGUCACCAACCAACCCACUUCGCUGGAAGAAACGCUUGAAAGUAUCGUAUGGUCAGAGAUUGUAGCGGUUGAACCUCAAGAUAACCCAUCGCUAAGUAAUUGUGAUGUGCAUAGAAGUAGUGUAGAAGAUGAAUGGACUAUUCAGCAAAUACCGGAUAGGCAGACCGUUACGCUGCAGUUCCCUGCCCAGAUUCUUGGCAGUACGACUUUGAGCGCACUAAAAAAGGGAAAAAGAAGAAAAUUACAUUUGUUGAGGAAGAGACUGAAGACAGUGACCAAGAUCCCGAAGAUCAAGACCAAGAAGAUUCUCUUGGUUACGAAGAAAAUGAUGAAGUCAAAAGUAAAUCAGCAGUACAAACAUCUAACCAGUCUGACGAUCAAAGUAAUGGUUUUGAACCUCCGCUCAACUUUGAAGUAGCUGCAAAAAAGCUGGAUUCGUGUUUAGAUCAAAGUACAUCUACCCUAAGAUCGGAUGUGAAGCCUAGUUUGAAAGGAAUCGGAUGUUCUAGUUCACUUGAGGAUCUCACUCCAAACCUGGACGUGAGUGAUAGUGCUGAAGAAGAAGAAGAUAUUAUUCCUAAGUUGAAGUGCACACAAAACAAUGAAACCUCAAACGUCGAAGAACUAUUGGCCCUCUGCUCGGGAAAAUUCCCUGAUUCACUGACUUUCUGGAAGAGACACGCAAAUAAGUAGUUUGACUGAAAAUGCAGAUGACGAAUCUGAUGAAGAAGUUAAGCCGUUCGCAAGAAUAAUUCCAAUGGCUGAUGAGGAUGACGAGGAAGAUGGCUCCAGUAGUGCUCUCCCAAAAUUCGUUUCUGAAAAUGACGCUGAUGAACCUGGAACUGUGCCUUCUUUUUUAGAGGAUGGAGAAAAAUCACUGUCAAAGGUGAAAAAAAGGGCCCGUGUUUGUCUGUCAGAUGACGAAGAUGAAACUAUCGAUGAAAACCAUUCGUUUGUCGAAGAAGAGGGAAUGCAUGAAGAGGAACGAGAAUUUAGAGGUCUGACUGAGUUUUUUGAAGACGAGGCUGAACUGUCCGGUUCCGAAGUUGGCAGCGGUGACGAACGAGAAGACGAAAUGGAUGACUGGGAGGAGGAGGAAGGCGAUAAGGAGGAUAUUGAUGAAAACGAAGUUCGUGAGCAAGUUGGAAGAGCCCAUAUGAAGACAAUGCUUGAUCAAGACCAGCGUGAAGUUCGACUUUUUCAAGAGCUUUUUCUCGAAGAUGGAGAUUUGCAUUCUGAUGGCGGUGGAAGGCAAAGACAAUUUCGGUGGAAACAGGCUGAUGGUGAAAAUACUGAGGGAGACGGUGCCCGUCCAAAAAAUCAAGAAGAUGAAGAAGAUGAAGCUGCUGAAGAACAGGAUGAUCUCACAUGGAGAAAAAUUCACAGUGAUAGAGAAAAAUGGCUCCUGCAACAAAAGUCGCAACAGGAAACGAAUAAAGAAGUGCCAUUGGUUAUGAGCCGGCAAACUAAAAUGGUGAAAAUCAACACUGCUUCCAAAACCAUUAAUCAAAUUACAGAAGGCGAUUCCUCCGCUGCUACUGCCAACGCCAAGCAGUCAACGCAUUCUAAGGCGAACAUUGUGACCACUGUAGGUUACUUUUACAAAGUGCUUAACACAUUGUAGAGAUCAGCGCUUAUAUACUUUCCUACUUGGUGGAAAUGAUAUGAUCCUUCGAUAUGGUGAAGAUGAAGAAGGACGAGUUUUUUGUUAUGUUUUUGUAUUCUUGGAUCCAAAUGUACGGAUGGCUUUUCUUCUUCCCUGUC